CAGAACGGCACGACACUGACGUCAGAUACGACUGUCAAUCGCAUUGUCAGAUCAUGUCCAUGUGCUUAUAAGUGAGGAAUCGACUGGGACAUCAGUCAGACAUCCACCCAGGCGGAGGACAUUAACAGGUGCGCGGCGCUCAUCCACAAACCAGCAACGAUGCCUCACUCCUUGUUCCCUCUGUGCGUCCUGGGACUCCUCGCCCUCUCCUCCGCCUGUUACAUCCAGAACUGCCCCCGAGGAGGGAAACGAGCGCUGCCGGAGACUGGGAUCAGACAGUGCAUGUCUUGUGGCCCCAGAGACAGGGGCCGCUGCUUCGGACCCAGCAUCUGCUGUGGGGAAGGCCUAGGCUGCCUGCUAGGCUCCCCAGAAUCCGCUCACUGUGUGGAGGAGAACUACAUGCUUACCCCCUGCCAGGCAGGAGGGAGACCCUGUGGAUCUGAAGGAGGACACUGUGCUGUUUCAGGACUCUGCUGUAACUCAGAGAGCUGUGCAGUGGACUCUGACUGCCUGGGAGAGGCUGAGGCCUUAGAUCCAGCCGACAGUUCUGCUGUUAACUCACCGGCAGAGCUGCUGCUGCGUCUGCUGCAUGUGGCCACCAGAGGACAGACUGAGUACUGAUAGUGUUGUCUGUGGAGCUUCCUCUGCUUCUCAAAAUCUGGAGGUGCAGAAUGGAGAUCAUCCCUGUUCCACUAUAAGCCUUGAGAUUUAAACCCUGAACCAAUAAAAUGCCAAGUCAAACUUUCUUCUCUCUUAACCCCUACUGUUGUGAUAUUUUUGUAUCUGUAAAGACAGAAUGAGAACUAUCUUCAACUUAAGUAAUUGGCUAUUUUUACCACAUCCUGGAGCAGAGAAAUCCUAAAUAUGGGUAUGCAAAAAGUAGAUUUUAUGUUUGGUCCCACCGUACGAAUGUAUAUAGUAAUGCACAUACUGUAAACAAAAUUUUAUUCUAUAUGAAGGGACAUAACAUGCCUCAGAGCUCCAUUUCAAAUAAGUGAGUUAUAAUAGAAAACACUGUAAA